AGAUUAGCAGCCGCAAUUUGGACAGGGUUCGUAAAUUGAAGAGUGCAAUGACAAGGUUGACUGCUCGCGUACAAAAGGUAAGGGAUGAGCUUGAACAGCUGUUGGAUGAUGACGAUGAUAUGGCUGACCUUUACUUGUCAAGAAAGUUGGCUGGUGCAUCUUCACCAGUUAGUGUCUCUGGUCCUCCCAAUUGGUAUCCUGCCUCCCCUACCAUAGGCUCAAAAAUAUCUCGGGCAAGUAGAGCAAGCAUUGCCACUGUUCGUGGAGAUGAGAAUGAUGUUGAGGAACUUGAAAUGCUACUUGAGGCUUAUUUUAUGCAGAUUGAUGGCACCUUGAACAAAUUAGCUACGGUAUGUGCUGUUUUAGAUGCGUACUUAUCUUUCUCUCUGGCUUACAAGGAGAAUUGAACCUAGGACCUAGCCUAUCUCACCCCAUCCCUCCCUCCAACACUCUUGGACCCUAUGCAAACC